UGCAUCUUGUGGACAUCUGGAACGUGAUAGAAGCCUUGCGGGAAAACGCACUGAACAACCUGGACCCCAACAUCGAACUGAACGUGGCUCGCCUGGAAGCUGUGAUUUCAACUAUCUUCUACCAGCUCAACAAACGAAUGCCGACAACCCACCAGAUCAAUGUGGAGCAAUCCAUCAGCUUACUGCUCAACUUCUUGCUAGCGGCCUUUGAUCCGGAAGGACAUGGUAAAAUUUCUGUUUUUGCUGUCAAAAUGGCCUUGGCAACUCUUUGUGGAGGAAAGAUCAUGGACAAAUUAAGAUAUAUUUUCUCAAUGAUUUCCGACUCCAGUGGAGUGAUGGUUUAUGGCAGAUACGACAUGUUUCUGCGGGAGGUUCUCAAGCUGCCCACGGCUGUUUUUGAAGGGCCUUCAUUUGGCUAUACUGAGCAGUCAGCAAAAUCCUGUUUCUCGCAACAGAAAAAAGUCACAUUAAACACUUUCUUGGAUACUCUCAUGUCUGAUCCCCCGCCACAGUGUCUAGUGUGGUUACCACUUCUGCAUCGACUGGCAAAUGUUGAAAAUGUCUUCCACCCCGUCGAGUGUUCCUACUGCCACAGCGAGAGCAUGAUGGGGUUUCGCUACCGCUGCCAGCAGUGUCACAAUUACCAGCUCUGUCAAGACUGCUUCUGGAGGGGCCAUGCCAGCGGUUCCCACAGCAACCAGCACCAAAUGAAAGAGUACACGUCAUGGAAAUCACCUGCUAAGAAGCUAACUAAUGCACUUAGCAAGUCUUUAAGCUGUGCUUCCAGCCGUGAACCUUUGCACCCAAUGUUCCCUGACCAGCCUGAAAAACCUCUAAACCUGGCUCAUAUUGUAGAUACAUGGCCCCCCCGACCUGUAACCAGCAUGAACGACACACUCUUCUCCCACUCUGUUCCCUCAGGAAGUCCUUUUGCAAACAGAAGAAAAAGUGCCCUACCAACUGUCAAGUUACUUGGGGGUAUAAAUGCAGCCAGUCCUGUGGCUGAUGAGCAUUCUCUUAUAAAGCUGUAUGUAAAUCAGCUUCACAACAAUUCACGCUCUCCUUCCAAGAAUACUGAAGUAGAGCAGAGCAAACUUCUGGCUAGGGCUGCUCCAGCUUUCUUGAAAGGAAAAGGGUUACAGUACAGCCUCGAUGUUGCAGACAGGCUGGCCGAUGAACAUGUACUCAUCGGGUUGUAUGUCAACAUGCUGCAGAGCAACCCCGCACGCGUGCUCGACAGCGCAAGUCGCCUGGAUGAAGAGCAUAAGCUGAUCGCCAGGUAUGCAGCAAGGCUGGCAGCAGAAACUUCUUCAUCACAACAGGGUCAGCAGAGAGGGGCAUCGGAUAUCUCCUUCACCAUUGAUGCAAACAAGCAACAAAGGCAGCUGAUUGCAGAGCUUGAAAAUAAAAACCGAGAAAUCCUACAGGAGAUCCAGAGGCUGCGACUUGAACAUGAGCAAGCGUCUCAGCCCACACCAGAGAAGGCACAACAAAAUCCCACCCUCCUUGCAGAGCUCCGGCUCCUGAGACAGCGGAAGGAUGAGCUGGAACAGAGGAUGUCUGCUCUCCAGGAAAGCCGGAGGGAGCUUAUGGUUCAGUUAGAAGGCCUCAUGAAACUGCUGAAGGAAGAAGAAUUGAAACAGACUCAAGGGGCGGGCUCCCCACGUUCCUCACCCAGCCACACUAUCAGUCGACCAAUUCCAAUGCCCAUCAGGUCUGCCUCUGCCUGCUCCACCCCAACCCACGCACCUCAGGACUCUCUGACCGGAGUGGGAGGAGAUGUGCAGGAAGCCUUUGCACAAAGUGCAAGACGAAACUUAAGAAAUGAUUUGCUGGUGGCAGCAGAUUCAAUCACCAACACGAUGUCUUCUUUGGUAAAAGAACUAAAUUCUGAAGUGGGCAGCGAGACAGAAAGCAAUGUGGAUUCUGAAUUUGGAAGGACUCAUUUUGAUGACCUUGUUCCAUCCCCAACGUCUGAGAAGGCUUUCCUCGCACAGAUCCAUGCCCGCAAGCCAGGGUACAUCCACAGCGCUGCUGCCACCGGCUCCAUCCGCAGUGAUAUGGUUACAGAAGAUGGAGACCCCUAUGUCAGAGCAGAUGAUGAAAAUUAUGAGAAUGACUCUGUCCGCCAGCUGGAGAACGAGCUGAAAAUGGAGGAGUAUCUGAAGCAGAAGCUGCAGGAUGAGGCCUACCAG